AUGCCGUCUGCGGCACGUUGCCCUACUAUUAAAGAAUUCACGCAACUCUCACAUCUGCAGCAGCACAUUCGUACACACACCGGUGAGAAACCGUACAAAUGCAAGUAUACUGGUUGUGAAAAGGCGUUCUCGCAACUCAGCAAUUUACAAUCGCACUCACGAUGUCAUCAGACGGACAAGCCUUUCAAGUGCAAUAGUUGCUACAAGUGUUUCUCGGACGAGCAAAGCCUACUGGAACAUAUACCAAAGCAUAAGGAGUCGAAACACUUAAAGGUGCACAUCUGUCCUUUCUGCGGAAAGUCGUACACACAGGCCACCUACUUGCAAAAGCACAUGACAAAACAUGCUGAUCGAACGCGAGCGAACCCAUUAGGAGGGUAA